GUGAUGGAGGGCGAAGAGGAGGGGGCGGAGGAGGAGGAGCAGUUGGAGGAAGCUGAGUCGGACACCGUAAGUGCGCAGUGGAAGUCGUUUUCAGACGUUCCAGCUUUGCGGAACUAA